AUGGCGAAGCAAAAGCGUUUCCCAAAUCCAUUAAAGUCAACACCGCAAACUACACGUGCAACACAUUCUCAAGCACCACAAGCACCUCAGGUUCAUACUUCACCUCAAGUUUCCCAAGCACCUCAAGCAUCCCAAGCUCCUCAACUUCCACCUCAAUCUCAUGCUUCAUCUCUAGUUCCAUCCCAAGUUCAUCUUACACAUCAAGUUCUGCCUAGAGUUCAUACUUCACCUCAAGUUCCACUUCAAGCUCAUGCUUCAUCUCAAGUUCCAACCCAAGUUCAUCUUACAUCUCAAUCUCUACCUCAAGCACCAACUUCAUCCCAUUCAUUACCUCAAGCUCAAAAUUCAACUCAUUCUUUAUUUCAAACACAUCAUAGUGAACCAUCUCCAAUACAAAGUCCAACUAACUCAUCACCAUUGAAUGGUACAACACCAUCGGAGUCUCUAGAAAUUCCACAACAAUCUCAAACAUCUAGGCAAUAUGUUGGGCGUGAAUCUGUGGAAUAUUGGACUGUUGAAUCAAUAGAUUCACAAGGAGCUACUAAGAAGAUAAAACUUAAGUAUUGGCAAGUCAAUGAUUUACCUAUCGGGGAACGUGUAAUUGUACACUUUGAUGACCGAUAUGAGGCAUAUGGUGAAGCACAAGGUUUGCUUGCAGGAUAUUGUGGAACAUUAGCAACUAAUUCCAAUUUAUUUCCAAUUAAUUUUGAAAGGUGGUCUGGAAAAUUAGGCAUGCCAAAAUCUUAUUUAGAUAAUUGCUUUGAAACUGAUUUGAAGCCUCGAUUUCAGUUUAACACUAAUGAAGCCAUGGCAAAGAGAUAUUGCAAACUUAGCAUUUCAAAGAAGUGGGCUGCACAUAGACAAAUUUUGUGGACUAGAUUUUACGAUCCAUCUCAAUCCCGAGAUGAAAUCAUAAGUAAUGUUCCAGAGCGUUGUCGCAAAAAUAGAGAAAAUCGUAGCAAGCAAGUGAUUCCUCAUACCGGUGGUUCUAAACCUCUUUCGAGAAAAAGACAUGAGAUGGAACAAAUUGAAGUGGGUUUGACACAGAGCAAUGUUGAUGAAUCUGAAAUAUCUCCUAAUGAUGUUGUCGGUAGAGUCUUUGGGCCCGAGCAUUCUGGAAGAGUUAGAAGCAUGGGUAUGGGAGCAGCUCCUACCAAUACAUUUAGAAAUAAUGGAGUUAGACUUUCAAAUUUAAGUAAUUCUUCAACAAGUGCUUCUACAUCAUCAUCUAAUUUUUGGCAUGAGAAGUACAUGAACUUGGAAUCUCAAGUUCAAAAUAAUAUGGCAGCAUUUAAAGCAUAUAUUAUGAUGAAAGAAGGAAAGAUUCCUGAUCAAGUGGCUGACAUUUUGGGUUUAUCAAAUCUUAAGAUAUCUCUAAUUCUAGUAAAAUCUUAUAGUUGUAUUGAAAAUAUGGUUGAUGAGGUUAAGUAUAUGGCAGCUGAUAUGUCAAAGAAUUGUAGUAUUGAUAUUGUACCAAGUGACGUUGCAAGUGAGCCUAAUUCGCCGUUGAUUGCAAGAGGAUCUUGUGGUGGUAGCAACAUUUGA